GUUGUAGUUGGGCUGGCCCCAACUUCUCUAGAAAAUUUCUCAACCUUAUCCAAGUUUAUAAUAUUUAUCUCAUGCUUGACACGAUUCAUCUAGAAUAUGGCACUUUAUCUAUGGCAUGACACAGUAAACAAUGAAUAUGACUUUGCCACAUGCCGGGCACUAGCACACUGGAGUCUGUGCUGUAGUUGGGCCAGCCAAACUACAGUACUCUAGCUCUGGUAGUACAGUUGGGAUGGGCCCAACUAGAGUUGGGACUGACGCUAUAGUUUGGGCGUAUAAAGAGCUGCUAGUGAGGUGAUUUGAGUCAUGGCCAGACAUCAACGGCUGCGUCAGCGAGGUAUUUUUGGCCUCCUCAAGCCAGCUGAACCCAUGUUCUUUUCAUUCCUACCCAAUGGGGCCCAAGAGUGGCCGUCAGAUGAUGAUGAUGCAGAUUCUGACUACAGUCCAGGUGGUGCAGUUCAUUAUGAUGAUGAAGAUGAACAAGAGGCUUGUUCCUCAAAACUCCAAACUCUGCCUAAAAAUACAAAGCCAAAAACUGGACCAUUAAAAGGAAGAGUAAACUCAGGGAAGAGACAGGAUGCCGAGGACACCAAAAGACAAAGACAAUCAGCCGUAAAAUCCUCUUCAAAGUCUGCAAGACCCAAAAAGAAAACAAGAAGGGAGACCAGAGCAUCUCUGGCUGCCAGCAGUAGUACAGAAACACAGGAGAUGGGGAGUACCGAUGAACUUGACACAUACAGUCCUGCGGGGUCAAGUUCUGAAGGUCAUCAGAUGUGGGGUCAGCGUUUACCCAUGAUUGUGCUUCAGCGCGUGUUUCAGUUUGUUGUGCAGGCAGAAGGAGCCAUCCCGUAUUUGUGUAGAGCAUGUCAAGUGUGCAGGCUCUGGAGAGAAGCAGCCAUUCACUCAUCGCUAUGGCAACAUAUGGAUCUUGCCAAUGGGCGAAUCAAGUGCGUGGACACCACUCUGCAGUGGUUGGCAGAGAACCGGUUGUCACAUCUUAAGUCCAUCAACCUCGGAGGUUGGUCCAAGCUGACCGAUAUCGGCUUGAAGGCUCUCGUGACUCACUGUUCCAAGUAUCUCACAUCCAUCUACCUCAAUGGUUGCAUCAAGUUAACUGCUACCUCUGUCUGCUUAUUAGUUGAUAACUGUCCAAUGCUUCACACCAUUGACUUGUCUCACACCAAUGCAGAUGUUGUCAGUAUUACAAGCAUGACGCAUAUUCUGCAGACAACAAGUGGUCACUUGCGCCUCUUGAAUCUCUCAGGUAACAGGCUGAAGAGAGCACCAAUCAUCCUGAAGUGCCUUAAGACACAUUGUAGUAACCUGGUCACCUUGAACAUCUCUAACUGCAAGUUCACCUCCGAUUUUCUGAUGCUGCACAUUGAGGAGUUACAGAGAGGAUGUCCUAGGCUAGAGGUCCUCCAUCUAGCUGGCUGCAUGGUGCGGGCCAGCCAAGUCUCCAGUAAGGUCCAAGCAGAAUCGACCGGUUUUCCUCAGCUGCAGGAGCUCAGCCUUUCUGUCAACACAAACGUGGUUAACGGUGGCAUAGCCAUAGAUGACAACAUGUUGUUCAGGCUGUUGGUUAAAUCACACCAACUCAAGCUACUAGACCUUAGGGGGUGUACCCACAUCACUGCAGUGGGAAUGCAGCGGCUCCCUGUGUAUGACCUUCAACAUUUGUUCAUCUCACAGUGUUCGGUGUCUCGGUACGAGGGCAUAGAGGCAAUUAUACACAAGUGGAGACACAGCCUGAUUGAGUUGGACUUGUCUUGGAACGUUUUCCCAGCAAUGGCCUUGGAUAUCGCCAUGAAGAAGUUAUCCAGUGUGCCCGGUCAGUCUGUCUUGAGGGUGAUCAACUUGGCUGGGACAUCUAUCACUGCCGAGAGAGUCAGAUCAAUCUUGGAAGGCUGCCCUUCCCUUGUCUCACUCCAUCUGGCUUCUUGCCGAGGCCUACCACGGGGAAUGAAACGCAGUUACCACGGUGACUGUUUGGUGCAAUUAAAAAGUGACCUCAAUGCGGCUCCAGCCAGCUCAUUAGAAUAUGUGGAAUAAUUUUUGCAAACAACUAGGGAAUUGAACAAUCCUAAAUGAACUGGCGCACUCCUUUCUGUACUGCCAACAUUUUGAGGCUGAUUCAGCAGUUAACCCUGUAAGAGCUGCUCUUGUCAUUUUCUUCAGCGUUACUGCACGUGUCUUUUCAGUGCUGAACUUUCAGGAGUUUUUCCAAUAUUGUCAAUAAUAUGCAAUCUCAGACAUGGCAUCAAGUGCCUUCCUAGAGCAAUAUUUUCACCUUAAAUUUCACUUAGUGAGAUUUGAACAAGCUCUCAACAUUCCCAUUUUUAAAUCUUGAGAUGAUUUAGCCAAAGUUCCAAUGAAAUUCUGUUUUUGCCAAAGUUUCCCCCUUUUUCCCCGAUGUUUCUUGAAGGGUGUAUAGUAAAGAAUCUGCAUCAAAUAUCCUAGAAAUAUCAAUGAUCUGGUCUAGAAACUGUUUAUAUGGUGUGCAUGUUUAAUAUAAUACUAAAUGUAGUGGGGACAUUUAAAGGUGAUAUCCACUAUAAAAUCACUUGAUUUCUUAUUAACUAUAAGAUACGCCGUAGUCUGGACUAUGGUCAUAGAUAUAUUUUUAUAACUUAUGAAUUUGGGACUUGUUUCUUUUAACUUGGGGUAUUUUCAUUCCAAAAACCUCCAACUUGUGAACCUAGUUUGCCUGGAGGUGGGCAGCUAUAUAAUACAUUAUUCAGACCUGAACGUAAAGUGUAUUGUCUUCGGGCUAUAUUUAGGGAACGGGCAAAUGAAAAGUGUUUCAUGGCUAACACUGAUAAGAACAAAACUGAUCUUUGUGUCCAUAAUCUUGAAUUUCUAGUGAAACACACAAGGCCAACCUAUUCGUGAGGGUCACCAGGUUGCAGUCUUUCUUUCCGCGGUUUUCUGUGGGGCGCACAUUUAGUAUAGUGCAACCCACAAGAGAUGCUGUGUGCUUGCACUGAUGUGCAUCAAGAGAUCAAAGUAGCAAUCCCUUGCUUAAACAGCACUGUUACUGAUUUUAAAAGGUCAUUUUGAAGCUUGCCUAUUGCAGCUAUAUGUCGAGCUUUCCUCAGCAGAGUUGAGAAAUUCCCACAAUUAUAUAGGGUGGUACCACAUGGAAAUUGGACUAGGACAUUUUUUUAAUUGGUGUACAUAUAGGCUGUAGUUUAGUUCAUUAAACAGUUGUCACCAGAGGACAUGUAACUGAUCGGGCUACUGAUAGUCCUUGAGGUGUCGAAACAUGAACCUGGCUGCUGUACACAUUGCAGGGCCUUGCAGUAUUACAGAUCACGAGCUCUUGAUAAUGUGGCACAAAUACUGGUACAAAUGACUUGUAACAUGUUCAGGAGUGAAUAUUUGUUACCUGUACUGUAGUCAUACAUGUGUUUGAAAAGUCAUUUUGCUAUUUUGGAAAGUCAGAUUUUCAGAUAAAAUGAGACUGUCAUUUUGAACUGAUAUUGCAAUAAAAGAACCAACAGAUAGGAA